AUGGAAAUUGUUGGGAGUUACGAGUAUAACAGUAAAGAAAUCAUCGGCCAUGGCGCGUUUGCGGUCGUUUUCAAGGGCCGCCACCGUGAGGCACACUAUCCGGUGGCGAUCAAAAGCAUCACGAAGAAAAGCCUGGCCAAAUCGCAGAGUCUGCUCGGGAAGGAGAUAAAAAUCCUGCAGGAGCUGAGUGCCCUUAAGCAUAAGAAUGUGGUUAAGCUGUUGGCCUGUACCGAGAAGGAUCAGAACGUGUUUCUGGUUAUGGAGUAUUGUAAUGGAGGUGAUCUGGCAGACUAUCUGGCGGUAAAAGGAACACUCAGCGAAGACACCAUACGAUUGUUCCUCGGUCAACUGGCAAACGCUAUGAAGGCCCUGUACCAAGCUGACGUGGUGCAUCGAGAUUUAAAACCGCAAAAUAUUCUUCUUUCUCAUAGCUGCGGAAAAGGUUUACCCUUACCGUCGAAGAUUACGCUCAAGAUAGCCGACUUUGGGUUCGCCCGGUUUCUACAGGAUGGAAAUAUGGCAGCAACCCUGUGCGGCUCACCGAUGUAUAUGGCUCCUGAAGUGAUCAUGUCGCUGCAGUACGAUGCCAAGGCCGAUCUCUGGUCGCUGGGUACCAUCGUGUUCCAGUGUCUCACCGGGAAAGCACCAUUCCAAGCCCACACGCCCCAGGAGCUAAAAAUGUUCUACGAAAGAAACGCCAAUCUGGCCCCAAAGAUUCCAUCUGGUACUUCCAAGGAGCUAACAGACUUACUCAUGGGGCUGCUGAGGCGCAAUGCUAAGGAGCGCAUGAACUUUGACACCUUUUUCAAUCAUCCCUUCCUGCAGCGUGCCGAAACACCGCAAGGUCAAAACGAUCCCACGCAACCACCCGGAUCGAACAUGGCUCCGUUUGGAGCGACGGGUAAGGUCAGCAGUCCACAUCAGAAAACAGCACCAAUUACACUCCAACAGCAUCAGCAGAAACUUCACCACCAUCACCAUCAUCACCAGCAAAAUCAACCGAGUCAGCAGACGGCGCAACAUCACGACCAUCAGCACCAUGCUCAACAGCAAAAGCAGCAGCAAAUGCAACAGCAAAAGCAACACCACUUGCAAGAGCUCGCAAAGAAGCAAACGGUCGAAAAUAAUAACGUGCCGAUCGCUGAAAUUGACGACAGUGUGGCAACGAUUAGUGCAAACAAUACAUCCAACAGUAGUCCGGAAGAGUCGGAUGAUUUUGUCCUAGUUCCGAACAAUAUUCCGGUCGAUCCCGGCCAUGGUGGUAGCUAUGACAAGAGCAAACCAACUCGAGUGCCUCAACCGAUGUCCCAAGCUCAGGCGAGUCCUCCUCGACCCAGCACGUUACCGAUCUCAGAACCGAAACCCGUCCCAACGGCUGCAAGAAAAGCGUCUCGUCCUCAGGCGCAAACACCUCCAAAGAACAAUUCAAUACCUCGAUCAGAGCCUAUCAAUAUGAAACGGUCGGAGAAUCGAGGUAGCAACUGUGAUAUCAGAUCGAUUUCACCACCGGCCGUACAGUUCGCCAUCGGGACGCCACCUUCAUGCGGUCGCCGAAGAUCGACAUCCGGUGGUUCGCUGUCGGAAACGCCACCACCACCGAGUUGCUGGACCGUAAGUCCGGGUUCGCAUCAUUCUCCAUUGCGCCGUUCCGGUACUAGCUCACCGGUGAUGAACAAUGCACUCUCGAAGCUGCCUGCACUGGGCAGCCCUACCACGCUGAUGGGAGGCAUGGAGAACAACAACCAACACUAUCAUCACGGUCAUCCACUGACAGGCCGAGCCUUCACGCUGCCGGAGCUGGGCGCCGUCGGAGGACUUCAGAGCUAUUUGGACGAUCACACCAUCGAUGAUCAUCCGAUCAAUUUCCACGCACCUGAGCUCCAUGCGGAAACGUUGCUGGAUCGGGAUCAUAACGAAACGCUGGCCAAGCUGAACUUUGUCGUUGCGCUGACGGACUGCAUAUUGGAAGUGGCCGAUUCUCGAUGUGCACCGUUAUCUUCAAUGAUGCUAGCCGAUGCACAACCGGUACCUCCUCAUCAACCAGAACAUUGCAAGCGUGCGGAACGCUUGGUGCUGUUGGUGCGAGCGCUCCAUCUGCUGUCCGCCGGAAUGAAUCUAGCUUCGGCACAAAUACGUGCCGGCAAUCUAAAGCCUUCCAACAGUGUGAAAAACGUGUUGACAACCAUGCACGCCAAGUAUCGUUCGACAUUGAUUGAAUCGAAAAAACUGAAUAGUGCCGGACUGCUGCAGAGAGCUAAUGCUAGCAAUAUUACAGCUGACAAGAUAAUCUUCGAAUUCGCACUACAGAUGUGUCAAAUGGCAGCGGUGGAUGAGCUAUUCAACAAACCUGCCGAAUGUUUCCCGCGCUACCAAUCGGCCCAAAUUUUACUCCACUGGUUAGCGCAGAAAUCCAAACAUCCGCAGGAUAAGAUAUUGCUCUCGAACUAUAAAGAAGCGGUCGAAAAACGGCUUUAUAUCCUGAAAGGACAAGGCUACAUCUACACCACUGAUGAGCUAUCCUGA